UAAACCCUAAUUUUGUUCCAAAGCAAAAAAAAAAGUAAAACCCUAAAUCAACGAAACUCAUAAACGAUUCCAGUGAGUUUUUCGAAAGCAUUUCAGUGAAAUUUUCGAUCAAUGAAGACGAAGAAGAAGCAAAAACAAAAAAGUGUUGCAGCUGCAGAAGUUGUUACUCAUGAAGAUUUGGAUUCCACAAUCCAUAACCAUACCCUAUUUUUCGACAAAUUAAUCGAACUCAUUCCAGCGAAAUUCUACCUCCCAACCGAUGAUAACGAGAAGCCAUGGUUUCAAGGUUUAAGCAAAGCUGCAAAAGCAAAAGCAAAGAAACAAACCCAAGAAAACAUCAAAAAGUCGCGAAAAGACCGUUUAGACCCUGAGAAACCGUCUUCAUCAACACUCGAUCUUCUCAAACAAAAUUUAUCAAAACAAAAAGUGACGACUGAUAAUAUCACUGAAGAAAGUGUUACUUACGAAGAAUUACGCGAAAGGCUUCAUCGAAAACUCGAACAAUUUCGUUCAACACGAAACUGUUCUGAUCACGAAAGGAAAAACGAUGAUAAAGAGUUUAAGAGAGGGGUUCAUUUGCAGGAGAAGAAAAGGAGAAGAGAAAGCGAAGGAUUUGGAUCGGGUGAAAGUAAGGAAAUUAAGGUGAAGAAGGAUGAAUUGGAAGAGAAGGUGAAGAAUGAUGCUAUUGAGGCUUCAAAAGAGCUUGUGUUUGGUCAUGUGAAGCUUCAAGACGGUGAAAUUGAUGGGAAUAAGAAGAGGAGAGUUUCGAAGCAAAAGGAGCUUGAGAGGGCUAAGAAGUUGGAGGAAGUGAAGAAGAGUGAUCCUGAGAAAGGUGAAGCUAUUGCGAAGAAGGAAGCGUGGAAAGCGGCGAUGAAUAGAGCCUCGGGGAUUAAGGUUCAUGAUGAUGCUAAAUUGUUGAAGAAGAGUAUAGUGAAGGGGAAGAAGAGGCAGCAGAAGAAUGCGGGGAAAUGGGAGGAGAGGGUUCAAUCAAUGGAUCAGUUGAAGGCGGAGAAACAAAAGAAGAGGUCAGAGAAUAUUGCUGGGAGAAUUAAUGAUAAGAAAAUGAGGAAGAUUGCAAAGAGGGAGAAGAAGUGGAUGAGGCCAGGAUUUGAAGGUCGUAAGCAAGAUUUUAUUACCAAUGGUUCUACUAGUUAACUGCAUGUUUGAAAUCAUGGUCCAAACACUCUAAGUGUGCUUUCUGGAUUUCAGUCAGUGUCUACUGUGAAUCCCACAAUCAAGUGAACACUAGUUGGACUCCUUUCACUUUGAUAUACCAUCAUUUGUUAUCUUUUGUAUUCCUUUUCAAUAACCUUUUAUAUCUCCUGAUUUUACUUAUUUAGUUUCACAGCUUAAGCAGCAUCUUAUAUCAUUUAUCUGAGUUUGGCAUGAUUAUUCAGGAUUGCUGAGAGAUUCUUGGUUCGCAAAAUAGUUAUCUAGUUACUUUUGUUAGGAAACAAGCCAAACUAGUGGCUCAUUUGCUGUCUAGGGCUUCUAUACUCUUACCUUGUUGUCAUGAUCUACAUUAUAUUCCUAGUUUUAUUACUGAUAUAUUU